AUGGCCGAGCACUUUACCCAGGCCAGCGAGUGGCUCGUCUCCACUCCCGCAGCCGCGUCGCUGUCCACCGAGACAAAACUCGAGCUGUACGGCCUGUUCAAGUUUGCCAACUCUGGUUCUGGCCCGACGACACCCAGGCCGGGCAUGUUUGCGUUCGAAGCCAAGGCCAAGUACGACGCGUGGACACGCGUUGCUGCCGAGUACGCCGGCCGCGAGCCUGACGCACGGGCGCGAUACGUCGAGAUUGCCCAGAGCGUCGGGUGGGAUGAGGACGAGGGCGACGAGGGCAAGUCGGGUGGAGGUAUCAGCCUUGGCCCGCCCAUGAGCGUCAUGGCUCACGAGGAGGAGGUGUCUGGCGGUGAGAGCAGCCUCGUGCACGACGCUGCGUCCGACGGCGCGGUCAACGAUCUCAAGGCGAUCUUGCUUCUCGACCCCAGUCUUCUGGACUCCAAGGAUGAGUUUGGGUUCACACCGCUGCACCUCGCGGCCGACCGGGGCCACGCCGACGCCGUUGCAUUGUUGUUAUCAAAGGGCGCCGACAAGACAAUCUUGGAUCCAGACGACCAGACAGCUUUGGAAAUCGCCACCGUCUCUGGUCGCGAUGAUGUUGUUACACUUUUGGCAUAA